ACUGGUGAGAGUAUUCGCAUUUAGAAUGGUGCGGUAAAUCUUGGCUUUCCACAGUACUCGUCAGCAAUGGAGCCAUCGUGAUUGAAGUUUCCUGCCCCUCCCUUAGUCCUGGACUCGUACUUGGAAGCCUGUGGGGGGUUAUAAUGCUACUAAAGCGAUAAAUGGUGAUUCUGUCCCGGGUGAGGUGCAACUUUUGCCUUCAAUCAAUGUGAUCUUUCCAAAAUUGUUGAUUGUACUUCCAAACGUCAAGGGUGUCGAGUGAUUCGGGGUUGGUUAUGGUGGGGUUUGAAAGGUGUGGGAUCUGCAUUCGAGAUUAGACUUGAAUCAACCCUCGCCCACGUUUUGGUGUUGGAAGAAGGUGACUUCUGAAGACUUGGGGGAGCUAUUUUUGGUGGGCGGCUCAUUUUAGCAACAUGGCACACAAACCUACUGGUGAGAGUUAUUGUGUCAUUGCUGCGCAUCUUGUCUCGGGGCUACAUCUGAGUCAUGAGGCUUCACUGAUUUCAUUGUGUGGAGCUUGGGAAGGGGAAGACCUGUGUGGAAAUUCUCAGAUCGCCUCUGUUGAAGUGGAUCGGUGAUAACUAUCGACUUUUUCAGAUCUGGUAGCUAUGGCGCCAGGAGACGCACCUCUGAAGAAGGCGCUCAUUACAGGUAUCACUGGCCAGGAUGGGUCUUAUUUGACCGAGUUCCUUCUCAAGAAAGGGUACGAAGUGCACGGCAUUAUUAGAAGAUCAUCCAACUUUAACACGCAGCGACUCGAGCAUAUCUACAUCGAUCCCCACAACUCUAGUGCGCGCAUGAAAUUGCAUUAUGGUGAUCUCUCGGAUGCCUCCUCUCUGCGGAAGUGGGUGGACACUAUCUGCCCUGAUGAGGUCUACAACUUGGGUGCCCAGUCUCAUGUCGGUGUUUCUUUUGAGAAUCCAGAUUACACAGCUGAUGUUGUUGCCACUGGCGCUUUAAGGCUUCUUGAAGCUGUGCGCAUUCAUGUCCAAAGUACCGGACGCCAAGUGAAGUAUUAUCAAGCCGGAUCAUCAGAGAUGUAUGGUGCCACUCCUCCUCCCCAGGACGAGACCACCGUGUUCCAUCCUCGCAGUCCUUAUGCAGUUGCUAAGGUUGCUGCUCACUUUUAUACAGUGAACUACAGAGAGGCCUAUGGUCUUUUUGCUUGUAAUGGGAUCCUCUUCAACCACGAGUCACCACGCAGAGGAGAGAACUUUGUCACCAGAAAAAUUACUCGAGCAAUUGGUCGUAUUAAGAUUGGGCUCCAGAAGAAACUCUUCCUUGGUAACCUGAAGGCAUCUCGUGAUUGGGGCUUUGCUGGAGAUUACGUUGAGGGUAUGUGGCUUAUGUUGCAGCAGGAGAAGCCAGAUGAUUAUGUCCUUGCUACCGAGAGUUCUUAUACUGUCGAAGAGUUUCUUGAGGAAGCCUUCGGUUACGUUGGUCUUAACUGGAGAGAUCAUGUUGAAAUCGAUCCCAGGUAUUUCCGUCCUUCCGAAGUGGAUAAUUUGAGAGGUUCAGCACAGAAGGCCAGAGAGCGUUUGGGUUGGCAACCAAAAGUCAACUUCAAGCAGUUGGUUGCUAUGAUGGUAGACGGUGAUUUGGAGAGAGCUAAACGUGAGAAGGUUCUAGUGGACAACGGUUAUAUUGAUUCUCACCAACAGCCUUGAAGCACAUCAAUCCACUCUUCAUUCCUAUUUUUAUACCAUGAGAAGAUGAAAAAAUGUGUUCUUUAAGUCCCAUGCAUUCAUUGGCUCAAAUGCCGAAGAUGGUUUAACAGACGACCGGAUAUCCAAGCAAUCAAUAGGAGAGAUAGAUCGUUAAAUAUCUAGUAUCGGUGCCCUGGAAAUUAGUUGGGAUAGUGGAAUAAGCUUUCUGCAAGGCCAACAGUGAUCACUCUUUCAGACCAUACAUUUAUGGUGAAUACCUUGAUAAUGCUAACAUUUACCACGAACCUCUGUUGGCUCUGUUGUCGGAUAACAUUCAGUAACUGGCUGUGUAUAUCACAUCUCCUGAUCUCGUGGUGGUAUUGUUCUUGAGUGAAAUUAAAAAGAGUUUUUCCA